AUGAACACACAUGCGCUGCUGCCGCUGUGGGACGCUCGAUUCAAGAGAUAUGGCAACACGCACUACACGCUGACGCUGGGAAAAUGGGUACUGAUGACGAACGAGCCGGAGAACGUGAAAGUGAUUUUGGGCACGAAGAUGGCCGAGUGGCCGAUUGAUGGAACACGGUUGCAUGCGUCUGUGCCGGUUUUGGGAAGGAAGAGUGUUUUUACUACUAACGGGGCUCAGUGGCGCGAGGCUCGAGGGAUGAUCAGACCUUCGUUCGUCAGGGACCAAGUCGCCGACCUUCACUGCUUUGCCAAACACGUCGGCAACUUUCUCAACGCCAUUCCCAAGGACGGAUCGACCUUUGACAUGCAGGAACUCCUGCUUUCUAUGACCAUGGACUCGUCUACCGAUUUCUUGCUCGGCUAUUCCACAAACUCUCUGCUCGAACCCUCGCCCGAAGCUAAGCAGUUCCUCGAAGAUUUUGAGUACACCAGCCGUGAGGCCGCCAAGAAGUCUAGACUUGGAACGCUUCUCAAUUUGUUGCCAAACGGGGAGUUCCAGGCGGCUGUGACAAGAGUGCGCGAGUAUGUGCGAGCCUAUAUAAGGAAGUCCCAGGCGGAGAAGACCGACAAGAAGGAAAGAGACUACGUUUUCCUGCAUGAGAUUUUGAAGUCCGGCGCCGAUGAGGAGCACGCCAUCGACCAAGUCUUGUCCGUUAUUAUUGCCGGAAGAGACACCACGGCUGCGGCGAUGACGGCGUGUUUCUACUACUUGGCUCGCAAUCCGGAGGUAGUAAAGAAAUUGAGGAAGGAGAUCUUUGAUGUGGAGGACGAGAUGCCGACCUGGGAGCAGCUCAAAAAUAUGAAGUAUCUGAACAUGGUAAUCAAGGAAGGUUUGCGGCUGUUCCCUCCCGCAUCAACUAACUCCAGAGCGCCAAUCAAGGACACGGUCCUACCCCGAGGUGGUGGCCCAGAUGGCAAACAACCCAUCCUUGUGCCAAAGGGCCAAGUCGUUAGGUGGUCGCUGUACAGUCUUCAUAGACGUAAGGAUAUCUGGGGAGAAGAUGCCCAUGAGUUCCGUCCAGAGCGGUGGGAUGAAAACCUUCGGGUCGGAUGGGAGUACAUUCCGUUCUCCGGAGGCCCGCGUAUAUGCCUGGGCCAGCAGUUUGCGCUUACCCAGAUCGAAUACGCCCUCUUCAAGUUCUUCCGUGCCUUCAAGAGCAUCGAACCCCGGGAUGACAAUGGCCCGCUGCUGCUUCGCACGAAUCUAACUGUGACCUUUGCGAAAGGCUGUUUGGUUAGUGCGACACCCGACUCGAACUAG